CGGAAACUCCAAAGUCAUAUGAUCGAUUUGUAAUUCCUUCAGAACACUCUCUGUUCGUUGCAAAGAUGGCCAGCCAGUCGCACGGUAUUCAACAGCUCUUGACAGCCGAAAAAAGGGCUGCAGAAAAAGUUUCGGACGCUAGAAAACGUAAGGCACGUAGAUUGAAACAAGCAAAGGAGGAAGCUCAAGAUGAAAUUGAAAAGUACAGAUUAGAACGAGAAAGGCAAUUCCGUGAAUUUGAAGCUAAGCAUAUGGGAUCCAAAGAAGAUGUAGCGGCACGUAUAGAGGCGGAUGCAAAAGUGAAAAUAGAAGAAAUGAACAAGGCUGUGUCUAUGCACAAAGACACGAUCAUGCUUAAAGUUUUGGACUUGGUGUGCGACAUUAAACCGGAGCUGCACAAGAAUUACCGCUUCGAAGUUUAAGUCACAAGAAGCGUAUCGACUAAUUAUAAAUAAUAUCGCAUCUUACGCUAUAAAUGUACGUUAAGUACUUUCUUUUAUCAUAUCUUGAAACGUAUCUAUUGUCGUUAUGUUGUACUUUUACCGGAAAAUGUGUAUACCUUUUAAUGAUAGAUGGUGGUAUUGAAAUUAUUAGAACCCUUUCUGCAGUUGCUACACGACAAUAAAUGUAAUCAUACCUAUGCUGAGCUUUUACCACCAUGUUGGAAAGUUUAAGAAUUAUCGUAGUUGCAACACAAUAUUAGUUUAGAUGUAUUAAAGAAGUUAUCGUCAUUAUGAUAUAUCAAGGCCUAGAUAUAUUAGGAUGACGUGUAAAUGUUAAAGCUUAGGGUGGUGGCAAAAAACAUAGAAAUUGUACAUCGUUAAGUGUAUAUUGUUAGAUGUCAUUCCAUAAUUCUGCUACAUCGAGGACACGAAAUGCAGUUAAGAAAGAUCUGUACAACCUCUAGAGAACUACGAAUAAGCUCCCAAUCCAACGUGGUUCUCGCGACGAUGUACUCUCAGUAUAAACUACCUGUUUUGUUUGAAACUUUUAAGGUUUGUUAAGUUAUAGAAGAAAAAAUGUUACACCUCAUGUGUAUACCCUGUCUCCGUAAGCUUGUUAAUCUGUACAAUAUGAAUGUUGGAAAAUAAAAACAGCCACAAUCUAAUUAAUUUAUAAUUUCACCAUUUUCCAAAUGGUUAGAAAAAUGCAACGGUUCAUUAUCAUUGUU